ACUACGGCCUGCAGAAUUUUUCCCCAGACUGGCGAAGCAGUCAUUUCUCGAAUUCUUCAGUUUUUCGUUUUUAAGACCGGUGACCUUCUGCGCUACAUUUUAUCAUUUUCCCGGCUUUCCCGCACCUGGUUCACAUUAAAUUUAUUAUUUAUGGCUACCAAAACUGGACAGGAGGCUUAUAAACUGUUAGAAUUUCAGCCACAAACGGUUUUUCUGCCGAAUUCGAACGAUCCAGCGCGUCGUGUGGAGUCUGUUGAUCGACGUGAGGUGCACGUGAACCCGGAAAUGCCGCGCGCCGUGUAUAACCGCCCGGAGCACACCAAUGGAUUCCGUGAGCCGGAGUACGCCCAUGUUCCGCCGCGCGACCACUGGGAACAUGCUCGACAUGGACCGGCGUAUCAUGAGAACCGCGGAUACGACCAGCCGCUGCCGGGGAAAAGCGCCACGAAUCCGGUGUACGUGCUGGUGCCGACCAAUCCGGGAACUGCGCAGAUGCUGGAGGACAGUGUCUACGCCCGCUGCGAGCCGUCCAAAGUGAUGCUGGACAGUACACCCAGCCUGCACCGCAAGCGAAUUAUCGAACGGGAGCGCUACAUCGAUCGGGAUGCGAAGGGAUGCUGCACCUGCUGGUGCUGGACGAUUGCCUUUGUGGUGAUUUUGGCUAUACUGGCCGUGGGAGCGGCGGUCACUGCGAUCGUUGUCAUCAAGCUGAAUGUGAAUGGUGCAGCUUCAGGAAGUCGUCAAAGUGUGGCCGUUGCAGGGACUCAUCGUCCAGAUCAGGAUAACCGAAUCAGUUUCGACGUGGCUGAUACGGGUGACCGAAGGUCAUUGAUCAUUGCCAAUACAUCAGGUGAUCCUGAUAGUUCACUUUCGGAUCCGUUGUUCUUCCCAAACGGCACCGAUACGCUUGUGACAAACAUCUCGGAUGUGAUUUCAGUGCCCUCAAUUGCCAAAUGGGAACAUCUGACAACGCUGCAGAAGUUAUUGAUCGUACUUAUCCGGCUGUAUAAUCCGCAGGCGACAAAUAUAACGGAUUUGUCGUAUAAAAAAACGGGAACUGAGGAAAUCGUUACUAUUACUUUUAAUUUCACUUUUCCCAACCAGGCUCCGGCUGCCGCAUUUGACAUCCUUCCGUCGGAUGAGCAACAUGUGAACGUAACCGACGAUCGGCAUUUCCAUGCGCCCGAUGGUCACCUUUCAAACGGGACUGCCCUCGACAUUAGUCAAAACACAACUAGUCCGAACACAACAGCGGUGGAAUUUGAUGUGUUAUAUCGAAAUGCCGAUGGAUCAGAGAGUAAUGUUAAACUGAUGGCGCUGGUGGAUCCGAACACUACGACCGCUGUCACUGAACCGGCCGUUGGAUUCACCGCUGCAGUACUUCAUCCGGUCGACACACCUUCGCAUGUUUUCCAUCACCCGAUCGAUCCCGGCAUGGCUACAACCGUACUUCCCUUGGACCGUCUGGCUUUUGUGCAGUCCCAGCAUCAGGCUGAAACUGCAUUCAAUAAUGCCAAAAAUGCGAAGGAACUGGCCAAUGAAUUGGUGCACAAUGCCACUGAAUUACUUCAUACUUGAGGAAGGGUCAUUGUGGUCGGUGGAUUUUUUAUGGGCGUCCAUUAGCGAACUGCGGAUAGUUUUUAAUUCGUAGGCCAUGUUGGCUGGUUUUCGGUUUGGCUGGUUUUCGGUUGUCUGGUGGUUUUACACGUUUUGUAGUUUUCCAAUGGUUAGCGAUACUUCGGAAGAAUUGUUUACGAAGUGCUUGAUGUCUCGGUGAUUUCCUUUUUUAGAGUUUUAUCAGACGAUGUCCGUUUUUAUGUCCAUGAGAGCGAAUCGUUUAAUCUGCCGUGAUUUUAUGAACUUUGUGAUUAAAGCGUAUUAUCACAA